UUCCGGUGCGCAGCGGGCGGCCAUGUUGGAGCAGCGGAGGCGGCGCAGAGGCGCGUCCUGGGUCCCCGCGGCGGCGCCGGUGCCGAGCGCUGGUUUGUGGAUACCCAGGCAGAUCUGCAGUGCCUAAUGCCAUGAGCGUGGUGCAGCAUGUGGAGGAGAAAGCUGUGCACUCCUGGUCGCGGAUCUCCACGGCAGGGAAGAAGGCCCUGGAGGAGGCGCUGCUUGUCUUUAACCCCAUGAGCCAGGAUCUCAGUGCCACAGAGGCCCAGCUUGUAGCCUUCCUGCAGGGCCUGCGGGAUGAUGGCUUCCAACCCACCAUCCUGCGCAGCGGUGAUGUCUAUGGCUAUAGUUCAUGCACAGCCAACCCCCCAAGCCAGACGAAGCUGCAAGCCCGUGCCCCCACCCCAGCUGCCACAUCACCUCCAGCCAGUGCUCCCCGAACUGCCAUGCGGCUGCCUGCAGGCCGGGCCACGCUGCUCCCUAUGCCACUAUCUGGAAGGCUGGCCAAAGCAUCCUCACCAGCCCUUGCCAAGCAUGCUACCACCAACCUGCUGCUGAGCUCCCUGAAGCAGUCAAGUGCCAGCCGUGCCCGGGGUGCAGCAGUGGGCUUCCCUGCCCACCUCUAUCCAGGUGUCUACCCUGCCAUGCGGCUCUCUGUUGUCCUUGAGGCCCUGGUUCCACUAAAGACUCCCAUGCCCUGCUUGGGUGCCAAGCACAAGGCACAGUCACUGCAGCUCUCACUUGCAGACUCUCCCCUGAAGCUGCGCAAAGGUCCAGAGAAGAGGCAGGGGAACUGUCGGUCCAAAGCUCCCAGAAAAGCCACAGGCAAGGGCCCUAAGUGUCUGACUUACAGAGGCCCCAGGGCCAGACCCCAACAAGGCACUACACCCCGGAACAAGACCUACAAAGCCACUGGGUCCCUCAGUGGCCUACGAAUGAAAGGUGGCUCUGCCCUGGGCACCAAAACAUCCCAGGCCAAGGCAGCUCGAACACUGGCCAAAGCUGCCCAGGCCAAGGUGGCUCGAACACAGGCCAAAGCUGCCAAGGCUCGAGCAAAAGCCAAGGCAGCACAGAUCAGGGCCAGGGCCAAGGCGGCACGGAUCAGGGCCAAGGCCAAGGCAGCACAGAUCAAGGCCAAAGCCAAGGCAGUGCGGGCCAAGGCCAAGGCAGUGCGGGCCAAGGCCAAGGUGGCUCGGACCCAGUCCAGGAGCAGGGGCAGGCCAAAAGGGUCUGUUCAGGCCAGGACUGCGAGGAGGGGCCCAAAAAGCCGCCCUGAGACUGUGGGGCAGAAGAGGAAAAGGGCUGAGGAGGCAAAGGAUCUUCCUCCCCAGAAAAGAACACGACUUGGGCCCCGAUCCCCUAAGGCGUGGCUAGGGCCUGGAACAGCAAAGCUGCUGAAAUUCCGGGCCAUCAAGGUGGACAGGCGGUCCUCGGACGAUGAGGUGCGGCAGCGGGCUCAACGGAUCCUCCGUGUGAACCUGUCCCCUGUAAUACAGCUCCAGCCAUUGCUGCCAUACUCAGCACCCUGAUUCCUUCGCAUAGCAAUGUUUGGGGAAACUGAGCCCAGUUGUCUGUGUGGCCAGUGGCACAGUGUGCAAUGCCCAUGGAUUCUACAACCCCAAGGACUCCAGGUGCCUCUCCAGGGCCCUGAGAGCCACCAUUCUCCUUUCAGAGACUGGAGGAUAUGGGGUGGUAUGGGUGGGCGGGAGGGGUGUUCUCAUGGCGCGAUGCACUGUGAUUUGUUACUCUUCAAGUUGUACCUCCACUGUUCCAUCUAUCACGUUUUAUACCUUUCCACCUUCCGGUCUCCCUGCCCACCCUUCAUGGUCUUUUUUGCGUUUGUAGCUGCUGGUGGGCCAGCUUGAGCAUAUAGGAAGAGUGGCCCCAGGAACAGGGCUGCCAAAGGGGGUCCUGGUAGCCUGAGACAGGUCAUCAGUGUGAGUGGGAAGAGUAGCUCUCAGGCUUCUCUGGAGGUGCUGGCCUCUGUCGAUGUGUGAGAAGCAGCCACUGAGGACAGGGGCAGAGUCACUCGGAGGUGGCACACCUCCCCAUCGGGCUGCACUGGUUUGUUAUCCAGGUAGGCCCUAUGCAAGAGGACAGUAGGUGGCUCUGUGGGGAACCGUGCAGCCAGCAGGUUUCUAGGCCAGGGAAGGCGGGGUUUGGGUACUGCUCCCCAGGGGCCAUUCAGACAGCCUGGCCUUGUCUCCUAGCCUGCUCUGGCUGAAAUCUUGGGGCUUUACCUGAGCUUGUCUGGGGCAGGGCCAGGCCUAAAUUAGCUAAAGUACCUCUGCCUGUCCUUCCAGCCUUGACUUCCCCAGUUGGUGGCAAGGGUUUGGGGUUGAGUCAGAGGCCAGGGCUCUGGGUUGUUCGGCCACUGAGUCUGUCUUCACUGACUGCAGAAUUUUCUCCUUUGAUCAGUGGGGUACUGUGUUAGCUGAGCCAGGAGAGUUUCUACAACUGCUUCGCCCCAUCAGCAGUGCUUUCUGCCUGAGUCCCAAGCACUCUGUUCCCAGGUCCAGCCUUAUCAAGCUUCCCAGCAGGGGCCUGUGUGUAUUUCAGACACUAAAGGCUCUUCCUGCUUUGGAGAGGGGGCUGGGCCCCCGGAACAAAACUAGCUCCCCGCCCAUCUGCCAGUCCUUCCCCGUCUGCCUGGCUUGAAAGGCAGUGGCUGGGGCUGGCAGGGAGGGGGACACAUUCCCCAGAGGCUCCUAGAGACCAGCAGCCUUUCAGGGCUAGGGAUGGGAGCCUCAUUUGAAUGAGAAUUGGAUCUCUCCUGUCUCUGUGGGUUAGUCUGAACCCUGACCCCACUAGCGCCAGCUGCAUUGGAUGGCAGACCCGUAGAGAAGUUCUGCUUGUUUUUUUGGUACCCCCUCCCUACCUUUUUUUCUGCAUCUGGUGGCUGCCAUUAGUAGGGUAUGGCCUCCCUGAUUCCCAGGCUCUGGGGACCCCCUUGCUCCCAGCCUCACCGUGGCUUCACAAACCCUGCAUGCUCCUUGUGUCUGGCAGUCCUGCUUUCAUCUACCAUGUGAGUAGGGGGCCACACCCAGUUCCUCAAGGGCAGCCUGCUUGGGGCCCACUCUAUCCUCUCUCUCAGGCCUGAUUCCAGCUCAUGGCCCAGGACCCCCAGCCCGGCUAGGCCUCCUCCUUCGCAGUCUACAACUCCUUUCAGUUCUGCUGCUGCUGCCACCAAUGGGUGAGAGGUUGGCUCUUUCCCUGAGAGCCAUCCAAAGGGGGAGAAGAACUCUCCAGGCCUCCCUGUGGGGCAGAGUGAGGUGGGGGGUAUCCCUAGGAUCUCUACUCAGACCUUGUCCUUCCCAGUCCAGGCUCCCAGAACAGUUGCUGAGGAGGUGCCAGACACACUUUCCCCACCUACUGACAACUUGAUUGUUGGCCGUGGCCAGAACCUCCUGAGCCCUACUGCAUUGUCAGUCACCUACAGGUGGGGAGGAGUGUGAGGGCUCUGGAGAUGGUAUCUCUGGGUUUUCCUGGGCAGGUUUGGCCUUGCGGGGGGGUUCAGGUCAUUGUUGGGGGCUGGAGAGGGGAGGGCUGUGCUGUGAAAUUUUGGAAUUGGGGACCAACCACAUACCUUUUGCCUUGUCAUUUUCCUUGGGCAUUCCCCCCAGGAAUCUGAGAAUUGCUUCUUUUGUGACUCUCGGGACCAGGGAGGCCAUGGCAUUGAGAAUGUGAUCUGGAGUGGUGGUCGUGACAGCAAUAAGUAAGACCUGAUGGCAAGCAGAGAGUGGUGAGGGUACACGUGUGCCCAUGUGUUCAGGUCUAGGGUCAUGGCCUGGUCACUCUGACAAGCCCUUGUGGUUGCAGGUGUUGAGAAUGUCACCAUCCAGCUGGACCUAGAGUGCCUUCUACUUUACCCACCUCAUGACUUUCAAGGUGACCCAAUGCCCCAGCCUGAAGGCUUGCUCUGUGCCUCCUGACCUGAUGGCCACCAGUGAUGCUUGCCCCUGGUGACCCAAGGAUCCCCUCCUGUCCCCUGGCGUUCUGCCCAGCAGCUCUGCUCCUGGAGCGCUCAGUGGACCAUGGCCACUCCUGGCGUGUGUACCGAUACUGUGCCUACAACUGCUCAGGCCUUUUUCCUGGGAUCCAUCUUGCUCCUGGCCACAGAGUCAAUGACCUUGUUUGUGACCAGCAUUACUCUGACAUCAAGCCUUCCACUGAGGGCCAGGGCAGGCCCAGAGGAAGGGGGGUUGGGCCCUGGGGUGAAGCCAGAGGCUCAGGUUUGCUUUCUUCUCUCAGGUAAUUUUCAAAGUUCUGGACCCAGCCAUUCUGGUGGAGAACUCAAACAACCCCAAGAUUCAGGGUAAUUGUCCCCAUAGCCAAUCCUGUACUCCUUGCAUGUUAGGACAGCCAGAUACUGGGGGGAGGUGAGGUCCUGCCUGGGUGUGUACACAAGUGGGGCAGGGGUGGCAGGCAAGCCAGCAUCAUUCCCCAGCUCUGCACCAUCAUGGUCCUCUAUUGUGCGCCCUGUUAUCGCCCUCCAUUCCUAUCCCAUCAUUGUUCCCUGGACCUGUGCCCAGUGCAGAGGGACUGGCACGUGUAACAGUUUCCAUCUCUGCCCCAUCAUAACUCCUUUGUGGGGCCCCAUUGUAGUUCUCAUCGCUACUUUCUAUGCCAGCCCCAACAAUGUAUCCCAUCACUGCAUCUAUCACUGAACAUCAUGACUGUCUCCUUUAUGAGCCUCCGUCACUGCCUCCAUCCUGGUCCCUUGGCAUUGCCCUCCCCUGAUUUAUCAUCCAGGCCUUAGUUUGUACCCUGCAUCUCUGCAGCUGCCUCUAGGUGAUGCCAGGGCGUCUCUGGGUUGUGACCUCUUUCUUGUAAGGCAGGAGUCUUGAAAGACAAGAGACACAUAACCAAAACCCAGCAAGGCAGCCCAGAGUCAGGUCAGGCGAGUACCAGAGCAGGACAUAGCCCAAACUAGCACUCUCCACCCACCUUGACUGGUUAUUACCAGCCACUCACCAAGUCCCCAUGCUAGGUUUCCAAGCAGCUGUUGCUCUUCUGAUCUGAUCACGGGAGAGACACCUGGCGAAGGAGGGGUACAAGAGAUAACCUUGGCUCAGUAACUGACAUAAGCUGUGGAGCAGAAAGGAGCCAUGGACCCAUCUCUCCCAUGUGUACAUUGAGAAAGUGCCCAUUGAGCUCCGCUGUGUACCAGGCAUCUAUCUUCUGAGCAGGACUCAGUGGGAAGCAGAUGGACAAGGUAUCUGUCUUCUUGGAGCUGACAUGAAAGUGAGAAAAACUGGAUAAAUAAGCAAACAUACCAUAUAUGGUUUGGCUGGAUGAUAAACUGAUUUCUAGUUUUGAUGAUGGGCUGGGGAAUGGAAUGCUUUACUGCAUUGGGGAAGUAGGUUUCAAAUAUCUAGUGAUGCCAGGACGGGAUGUCCAGGAAGCAGUGGGAUGUGCAGGUCUCAGCUCAGGAGUGAUACCAGGGCUGGAGCCGUGCAGAAGUGGAAUUACCACCAUUAGGCUGUAGUCAUCCUAAGAUGGCAUGCCCAGAGGAACAGGAAUGGGGGAGUCCCACAGCAUGAAUGCUGGAGGAGGUGGCCAUAGUGACACAGAUAAGAGACUCUACCCCCAUUCCUCCCCCUUCCAUCCCAGCCAUAGAGGGAUGAUGACUAGUGCAUCUGAGGUCCCCCAACCUGUGUCUCCAGACCUCCUGAGUAUGACAAACCUCCGUGUCAACUUCUCCAAACUGCACACACUGGGUGACAGGCCAUUGGGGGGCCUAAAGCGACACCCCUUCUACGACUAUGCCCUUUAUGAGCUCGUGGCCAGAGGCAGCUGCCUGUGCCGUGGCCAUGCCUCUGAGUGUAAGCGCAUAGCUGGGACCCCAGCCAAUGUGAAAGGCAUGGUGAGCACCAUGG